AUGAAGCUGGUUUAUGCUUUCCUUCUGAUGAUGGGCGCUCUCUGCUUGUACCUCAGCAUGGUCCCUUUCAAAGAAUUCACGUUUGUUCUCAAGAAGGAUCAAGGGAAGUUCCUCCAGCUUCCGGAUGUAGACUGCAAGCAGAAGCCACCUUUCCUGGUGCUGCUGGUGACAUCAUCCCACCAGCAGCUGGCAGCUCGCAUGGCCAUCCGCAAGACCUGGGGUGGAGAGACAGAGGUGCGGGGACAGCAUGUGAGGACCUUCUUCCUUCUGGGGACCUUGGACAGCAACAAUGAGAUGGACGCCAUAGCUCAGGAGAGCGAGCAGCACCGUGACAUCAUCCAGAAGGACUUCAAGGACGUCUAUUUCAACUUGACCCUAAAGACCAUGAUGGGCAUGGAAUGGGUCCACCACUUCUGUCCUCAGGCGGCUUUCGUGAUGAAAACAGACUCUGACAUGUUCGUGAAUGUUGGCUAUCUAACUGAACUGCUGCUAAAGAAAAACAAAACAACCAGGUUCUUCACGGGCUACAUAAAGCCCAACGACUUUCCAAUCAGGCAGAAGUUCAACAAAUGGUUUGUGAGUAAGUUUGAGUACCCCUGGGACAGGUACCCACCUUUCUGCUCUGGUACUGGUUAUGUCUUUUCCAGCGAUGUGGCAAGCCAAGUAUACAACAUCUCAGAGAGUGUCCCAUUCCUUAAGCUGGAGGAUGUGUUUGUCGGGCUUUGCCUGGCCAAGCUGAAGAUCCGGCCGGAGGAGCUCCACACCAAACAGACCUUUUUCCCUGGUGGCUUGCGCUUCUCGGUGUGCCGCUUUCGGAGAAUUGUGGCCUGCCACUUUAUAAAGCCCCAGGACCUGCUCACUUACUGGCAGGCCCUGGAGGCCUCUCAGGAGCAGGACUGUCCUGCUUUCUGA